AUUCUCCCUAGUAAGUUCGAUGUGUGUGUUUAUUUUAAAGCCUUCCCCAGUCCUAAACCUUUUCCCACCUGGACAGUCUUGGCUCCCAGUCAGUUUCAGGGAACCCACCAAAAGCAAAAACCAGCUUUCUAGAGAGAUCCUACGAACCUCGAACUCCACCAGUCGCUUCGAAGAGCCAGAGGGAAGCUGCUCACACCAGCCACCCGCCAUUGCUCCCGGGAUGCUUGGAGGCCGGGGGAGAGGUGCUUGCACGCUCCUCCCAACCCUUCAACUAGAUUCCAAGGACUCUGUCUCUCCCGGGAGCAGCUUCCCCGGACUGAGGCCCGAACUGCUCCAUUUUGACCAGGCCUCCAGAGGCGACGCCAAGCAGCUUCUUGCUUUCUUCCCAGGUGAGCAGGUCGCGGGUGGGGAUCGCGAGGUGGCUCCGGCUGAGCAACCCUCAAAGGCGACGACUCCCCCGCUCCCCAAGCCCUCCAGCCUCGAGGGACGCCUAGCGUGGCUCUCCCUCUGCAGCUCGGCCACCACCAGCGUUCCAGGCCCUCUGCGCAGUGUAUGGGGUUAUUUUUACUUUCGGUUAUCUAGCUUUAUGAAGACUCCACACCACUCAUACAGCUAGAUAACCAAAGAUAACAACCAACCCCGCCUCCUGCCCGCCGCCUCCUCUUCCACGCAGCCUCCCGACCGCCGCCUCCUCUUCCACGCUGCUUCCUGGCCGCCGCCUGGACCUCCGCAGUCUCGAGUCGCUCGACGGCGGAUGGGGGACGCGCGCGGUAUAGAGGCGAAGAGAUGGGAUCCUGGACCUCACGCACUAGCAUGAUAAGACCUCAAAAAAGGCGAGGAAAGGAUGCUACCGCCGACGGUUCUGAGCUGGGGAAUCUAGGCUGGAUCCAAGCGGCCCCAAGCCUGACCGCCCACUUCCCACGCCCUCCUCCCCGGUGCAGACGCAGGGUUCCGUCGGCGCUGGUGGAAAGGCUUCGGGGCCUUUCGUGCCACCCGGGAAGACCGCAGGGGGCCGAGGCCCAGCCCUCCCCAACCUCCCACGGUGUCCACACCCUUCUCUGGAAGGUCAAGUGCGAGCUCCGCGUGGGUGCGGCAGAGCCGAGCUCGCAGAGCUUUCCGAGCUACCGACUGCAGGGGAGCAGCCGCGAAGCCCCGGACGGGAACCCCAGCCCUGGGGAACCCCCGAGGCCCAGAGAGAAGCCUAUGGCUGGCGGCGGGGUGGGGCGUGAUCCCGAGACUCCCCGGCGACUCUCCCAAGGGCAAAGACCCCACCCAGAGAGAGAGAGAAAGAGAGAGAGAUGGGCGAGCAGUCAGGAUGUGGGGCUGCGGGUUAGGGCAGAGGGCGACCAGGCAGGUACGCAGAGCCCUGGACCCACGGAACCGCGCGGGAGACGGUUUUGUACAAAAAGCAGCCGAAAUCACCCAGAGAUGUGAAGAUUGCUGGGGGUCUGAGCGAGACAUGAUACCCUUAGUGGCUGAAGGGGCAAUCUGGACUGAACCCACUGGAAAGAGGUCCAGGGACCGUGCAGAGGGUGUGGAGCUCCGUGGUCGCAGGUGGCGGACGCACGCGCUGGACUCUGAGGCGCUUUCCCCACCUCGUGCCCCACGCGGGUCAGGCCACUUACAUCAAGCCCAGGAUGCCCAGUGGUGGAGUCCUGCGCGGUCUUCAGGCGCGUCCAGGCAGCGCCACGGACGUGGGUCGAGGAUGCCGGGGCUUGCCAGGUAUUGGGACCGAGCGGGAGCCGGCAGGGUGGAGCAGGGUCUCGAGUCCCAGCUCCCUCCUCAGCCUUGGCCGCUGCUCUGGCGGGGGCGCUCUCAGGCUCCGGACUUUUCAUUCAUCCCUUCACACUCCUUCGUCAGGCCAGCCCCUGAUUGGCUAUACCUGG